AUGGCCUGCACCGGUGACCACCCCGCUCCAGCGGACGAAGCAUCCCUCUCCCCGCUGCGCCUCCCGCCAUUUUCGGUCUCCGACCCGCAGCUAUGUUUAGCCCAGGUUGAAGUUCAUUUCGCCGGCCGUCGCAUCACUUCGCAGUUCUCCAAGUUCGGGUACAUCCUCGCCCACCUGCCGCCCGAGGCCGCGGCGGAGGUCCGCGAUCUCAUCAUUCGGCCUCACGCUGGGCACCCGUACGAUACUUUACGCGACGGGUUCAUUCGACGCACGGCUCUAUCCUCGGAAAACCGCAUUCGGCAGCUCCUUACAUCAGAAGAGCUUGGCGACCGCCGCCCCACUCAGCUCUUACGCCGGAUGCGUGAGCUCGCUGGCAACCGCACCACCGAAGACACCCUCCUCCGCGAGCUUUUCCUGCAGCGACUGCCUCACAACAUCUGA